GGCACAUGUAAUAACUUCCACCACAUCUCAAACACACAAAAAUGGAAAAUUAUAGUCAAGUUUUACUCACUCCAAAACAAUCUAUUUGGGCAACUUAACCUUACUAUUUUUGCAAACCUCAUAUUUUGACGCCUUCACACACCAAUUUUGUAACGCUAAGAAAUUUACUAAUCAACGGUUCAUAAUCUUUUCGACCCAAAAACAAACAGCUGACUAUUUGUACUAAUAAACCAAUAAUAUUCCAAUAAUCUCUUCAUUAUUUUCUUCUUACCUCUCUAGAAGAAAACCCAAAAAAACAAAAAACAAAAAAAACCAAAAAAACAAAAAAUUCAAAAAUUAUUUUAUUCAUCUCAUAUUCUUUGAAUAUUAAUAAUUUAUAGAAUUUUAAAAGUUUCCCAUCUUAUAUUUCUAAUUUUUUUGCUUGAAAAACCCAGUUGCAAGAAAGUAACUUUGGUUGAUCACAGGCAUUGAGCUGUUUGUGUUACAAGAAGUACAAUUUUUUUUGGUGAAAUAAAGAAAUAUGGUUCAAAUUAAGGAGUUUCGAAUUAUCAUGCCUAUGUCACUAGCUGAGUAUGAGGUUGCACAAAUGUAUAUGGUUCUAAAAAUGCAACAGGAGAAUACAACAAAUACAGAAGGAGUUGAUGUCCUGGAGAAUAGACCUUUCGAGGAUAACUUAAUUGGAAAGGGUCAUUACACAUCAAAAGUAUAUAGUUUUCAGAGCAAAAUCCCCUCUUGGCUUACCACAUUUGCACCAGCAGAUUCCCUCCUUCUAAAAGAGGAAGCCUGGAAUGCAUAUCCAAAAUGCAAAUCAGUGAUUAAGUGUUCAAGCUUGAGCAAGCUGCUUCUUACUAUUGAUACGAUUCACGUGGCAGAUAAUGGAAAAUCAGAAAAUGUACACGGUCUAAAUAAAGAUCAGCUGGCAUUGAGGCAGGUGGAAAUUAUUGAUAUUGCAUCAUCUGUUAGGGACUAUUGGAGCUAUUUGGUUGGUAGUUGUAAUGUCGAUUUGUCCAAAUUUAAAUCAACAAGGACCAAUCGUGGACCUUUAGUGGAAGGCUGGAGAGAUCGCUGCAACCCUGUUAUGACAGCAUAUAAAUUAGUAACGGUUGAUGCUCCAUACUGGGGCUUUGGUAAACGAUUGGAGCAAGUGCUGAUGGCAGGUGAGAGGGCGCUUUUUCUUGAAACACACAGCAAUAUUUUUGCCUGGAUUGACGAGUGGCAUGGGAUGAGCAUUGAAAAGUUGCGAGAGCUUGAGGAACAGCUUUAUUCAUCAUCAAAUGAGGGUAGUAUGAUACCAGUGCCUCUGAAAACUAUGGAUGCUCUCGAUCGAAAAUGUUCACUGGAGUGUAAGGAUGCAAACUCUCAGCUUAAGCCCGAAGACCAAAACUUUGCUCUUGCAAUGUCUGAUUGAUAGUAUAGUCUCCUCUGACCCAAUCCAUACUUUGAGAACACUAGGAGAAAUAAUGAUAAUUUUGUUAUAGAAAGUGUAUUGAAUUGCAUCUUGUUAUGUUGUAAUUGUCUUGUAUAAAUCCUCGUGUCCUCUAUAAAUAUUCUUUUUAGCAAAUGAGAAUAAUGAGUUAUAUAGAUUUUGGUUUCAAAAAAAAAAAAAAAAAAAAAAA